AUGGAAGCCCAUAAAAGGGUACUCCUACUAUGCGGAGAUUACAUGGAAGAUUACGAGGUGAUGGUUCCAUUUCAAGCAUUGCUAGCAUAUGGGGUCUCCGUUGACGCUGUUUGUCCUGGAAAGAAGGCCGGUGACAUCUGUCGUACUGCAAUUCAUCAGUCUUCUGGUCACCAGACAUAUUCUGAGUCUCGAGGUCAUAAUUUUGCCCUCAAUGCAACUUUUGAUGAAAUAGAUGCAACCAAAUAUGAUGGACUGAUCAUACCAGGUGGACGUGCUCCAGAAUAUCUUGCAAUGGAUGAAUCUGUUGUAGAAUUGGUUAAGAAGUUUUCCGAGUCACAAAAGCCAAUUGCCUCCAUUUGCCAUGGACAAUUGAUUUUGGCUGCAGCAGGUGUAGUCAAGGGCCGGAAAUGCACAGCCUUUCAUGCAGUGAAACCUGUACUUGUUGCUGCUGGUGCUCAUUGGGUAGAACCAGAGACUGAGGCCUUUUGCACCAGGGAUGGGAACCUUAUAAGUGGAGCUACAUAUGAUGGCCACCCUGAGUACAUCCGGCUUUUCAUCAAGGCAUUGGGAGCCAAUAUAUCUGGUUCUGGAAAACGUAUUCUAUUUCUAUGUGGGGAUUUCAUGGAAGAUUAUGAGGUGAUGGUUCCCUUCCAGUCUCUUCAAGCUCUUGAGUGUCAUGUUGAUGCCGUUUGCCCCAAUAAAAGUGCUGGAGAUAAAUGUCCAACAGCUGUCCAUGACUUUGAAGGUGACCAAACUUAUAGUGAGAAACCAGGCCAUGAUUUUACUUUAACAGCUAAUUUUGAAGGUUUGAAUGCUUUAAGCUACGAUGCCCUAGUAAUCCCUGGGGGUCGCGCUCCAGAAUAUUUGGCAUUGGAUGACAAUGUUAUUCAAUUGGUGAAGGAAUUUAUGGAGUCUGGGAAACCAGUGGCAUCCAUCUGCCAUGGACAACAGAUUUUGUCUGCUGCUGGUCUUUUAAAGGGUAAGAAAUGUACUGCAUAUCCUGCAGUGAAACUCAAUGUUGUUCUAUCAGGGGCGACAUGGUUAGAACCUGAACCAAUUGACCGGUGCUUCACUGAUGGAAAUUUGGUGACUGGAGCAGCUUGGCCUGGUCAUCCUGAGUUCAUAUCACGGUUCAUGUCUCUGCUUGGUAUUCGUGUAUCUUUCUAG